AUGAAGGCAAUCUCUAGCACCGCUGCCCUGCGCAGCACAGACGUGCUGUCCACGUCCAGAGCACGGCCGCCGUUGCGGGACGUGGCGGCGCUGCACCGGCGCCGCGGCCGGCUCCUGGUCGCGCUGAGUCUGCGGGGAAGCGUCCCGGACGCCGGAACGCCGUUCACGCGCCCGGACGGCGCCGCGGCGGUGCGCGUGGGCGACGGCGACACACUCUGGAACGUUUCGCGGCGCUUCGGGGUCACGGUGCGCGACAUCAAGAAGAAAAACGGACUGAAGACGGACACCGUGUUCGAGGGCCAGGAGCUCGUGCUGCCCAAGGGCUACAGGACGCCCGCAGUCGCCUCGCGGGCCCCGGAAACACAAGCAGCGCUGCUGUCCUCCGCGUCCCUGCCCACUGCCGCGCAGGUCACGCCGUUCGUCGUCGUCCUCGCGGGCGUCGCGGCCGGAGUCGCCGCGGUCUUCACGCUGCGGUCCUCGGACUCUUGGAAAGCGCUGCAACGGAGCGCGGGCGCGCUGUUCGAGCGCAUUCUGGGCGCGGCGAUCGCGUGCGUGCGGCGGAUACGCUCCCUCGUCGACUCUCAACCGCGAAGCGCGCCGUCAACGGCCGCGCCAGCCCCUCCCGCGCCCGCGCUAGACACGCUUCCAGGUCUCGUGGAUGCUUACAGCCGCAUUCUCGACGCGUACGAGGUGUGCUGCCAGGAGGGCGUCCCGUUCACCAAGGACGCCGUGAAGCACCUCUGGCCGGAGCCCGUUCCCGCGGCAGCGCCCGCGCAGCGUGCUGCGGAGCCACGUUCGGUUGACGGCGGGAGCAUCGCGUCGGCCGAGGCGGCCGCCGAGGUGCCCGCGCGCGCCCCCAAGCGCGACACCUCGUACGUGGACGCCUUCAGCAAGCCUCUGGAAGUCGCGAGUGCGCCCCAGGCGACGGCCCCGCCGGUGGUCACCCCUUCUCCGGCCCAGCACGCCCUCCUGCGCGCCCCUGCGCGCGACUUGCGGCUCUCCAGCAACGCCUCCAGCAACGGCAAGGCCUCCGCGCCCGCCGCGGUGGCGCGCAGCGCCCCGGCACCGGCUGCCGCGCCCCACCAAACGACACGCAACGAAUGCACGCGUGCUGCGGCGCCGAGCCCCGCGGAGGCGCCGAACGGCGCCGUAGACGCGCUCCUGGUCGAGCUCGAGAGCGUCAUCCGCGAGGAGCGCGAGCGGGCCGCGUCCCGCGGCGUCACGGCCCCUGUGGUGCAAGCGGAGCUGGCACGGCUGUCAAACGACCUGCGCGGCCUGCGCGGCGAGCUGCACGCCGGCCCGCGCGGCGCCGACGCGCGUCCGGCGGUCCCCGAGGCAGACGCGGCCCCGGCGCCGCCUCCGGCGACGCUCGCGGUGGAUCAGCGAGCUGUCGCCAUGCGGCAAGAGGAGGAGGCGAAUCGGCUGCGGGAAGAGGCGGCGCGGCUGCACGCCGAGCUCGACCGCAGCACGGGCCGUCUGAUGGACGCGGACGCGCGGGCGGCGCGGGCGCGCGAGGCGCAGGCGCGCCGCGUGGCGGAACUGGAGGCGAAAGCGGCGGCCGCGGAGGCGGCGGCGGCCGCCGCCGCCGCGAAGCAGGAGGAGAAGGAGGACGUCUGGGGCGCCUCCGCGGACAUGUCGCAAUCGACCUCCGGGUCGUUCUGGGUGCGCCAGGAAAUCGAGGACAUGCGCAGCGCAGCCGCGAGCGCCAGUGAGCAGCCGGGGGGCGCCGCGGCCGAGAGCGAGAGCGUCGUGAGCGGCACGUGGACGGGCAAGGACGUCCGCGCCGCGACGGAACCGGAAAAGGUCGCGCUCGCAUCGGCCGAUUUGGAGCCGCAGAUUGCGGGCGACGGGCUCAUGAGCUCUUUUGAUGAGUUGGCGUACGAAGUCGACGAGGACACCGCGGAGAUGUGGAGCAACUUCGCGGCGGACAGCGACUCCGACCAGGACGCGGGCUCCGCGGCCGCGGGCGCUGCGGGCUCCGCGGUGGAGGACCGCGUCGCGGGCAGCGGCACGCUGUUGCCGUCCGAUGCUAUUUCCGCGAUGGCUGCGGAGUACCGCGACAACCAGCCGCUCGCGAACCACGCGUACGGCGCGGAGGCCGCGGAGUGGCGCUCCGGCGCGCCGGAACCGUCGGUGGACAGCGACAGCGACGACGACGACGACGAGGACGUGGAGGGUGCGUCCAGCGGCGCGGAGAGCGCGGCCGAGGAGCCGCACGUCGAGCCGUUCCACGAGGACCUGCACCAGAUGGCGGAUCUGUACGUUUUCGGCGAGGACGCGGCGACGUUCGGCGUCUCGGAGGAGUGGGAGGACAAUGCGUGGGGGGACGUUGCGUGGCGGCAUUCGGAGCGGUUCUGGGAGACGACUGCGGCGUACGAGGACGCGCAGCCGCUCGCGAACCACCCGGACGACGAGGCGUUCGCGGAGCGCCACCACGUGGGGGAGGCCGGGGGGGAGUCGACGUCAGCGCCGCUCCUCGACGUCAGCACGCCCGACGGGGCCGAGCUCGAGCCGGUGCUCGCCGGGGAGGGCUUCCUGAUGCUUGGCGAGGAUGACGCGGUCUCGCAGGGCCCGCUGACCGCGUCGCCGCCGCGCGGCGGGGGCGCGAGUGCGGAAGUAUGUGCGCGUGCUGCUGCGGAGGAGGUGGGCGCGUUGGCGGCGGCCGUGGAGGCGGCGCUGGGCGCUGCGCGCGCGGAGUUGCGCGCGGCGGGCGAGGCGGACGGCGGCGACCGCGACAUGGCGAUCGAGCGGGCGUCGCGCGCGCUGGACCACGCCGUCGACACGGCACUGCGCGGCGUGGCGGCGGCGGGCGAGAUGCGUGCGCUGCUGCGGCAGGCCGACGACGCGGCGCUGUCUGCGGAGCUCGAGGGGCUCGCGGGCGGCGCGGCCGCGCGCAUGUCCGCGCAGGUGCGGGGUGCGAUGUCACGCGACAGGGAGGGGGGGUCGGCUGUGCGGCUGACGGCCGCGGCGGGCGUGCUGGGCGGCGAGGGGCCGUCGCUGGCGGAGGAGGAGGCGGAGCGAGAGAUGGCGGGGGCGACGGCGGAGCUCGCGGCGCUGCUGGAGCAGACCAAGUCAGGGGGGGGGUCUUCGAGCGGCACCGAGUCAAUCGACGAGGUGCUGGCGAACACCGCAGCGGACCGCGCGAGCCCCGUGGUCAACAUCUGGGACAGCCUGUUGCAGAAGCAGCCCGUGUUCUCGGUGCCAGCGCAGCCGUGGCGGAUGCGGCCGGACGACGGCGACGUGGACCGCGGGGCGUGGCAGGGCUCGAACGGUGCGUCGAGCAACGGCACCGGCGCCUACCUCAACGGCAACGGCGCAUCUCCGGGCCCCGAACGGCCCGCUGGCCAGAGCAGCAACGGCGGCGCUGGCGCGGACAUUACAGAGCCGCCUGCGCUCGACACAGCUGAAGAGCCAGCAGCAGAGGAGCCGCAGCGCACAGCGCGUGCGCCGCCCCCAGACCCGUGGCUCCUGCCGCGGCCCGAGUCGCGGCGAGCGCAGGAGAGCGACGCCGACGAAGCGAGCGCCCCCAGCAACGCAGCCGACGACGUCGGCGCCCGCGAGGACACCGACGCGCAGGCGGACGCGGACGCGGACACCGCCGCCGCCCCCGCGGCACCGGCACAGGGGCAGGCUGACGUCAGCGACCCCGACAAGCUCGACUCCCCCCCCGCGCCCAAGUCGCCACGCGGGCGCCGCCCGUACGGCGCGCGCCCCUCGCAGGCCCCCGACGGCGCGCUGCCCGUCCCGCAGUCGGGCUACGUGUCCUUCGAGCUCCCGCGGCUCUCAGGCGACGACCUUGCCGCCAUCUCCGACGUCGCGCCCGCGUGCAGCCUCUACACGAGCGCGGACGAGACCCUGCGCGAGUCGCUCAAGGAGCGCGAGAAGCACACGCCCGAGGUGGACCGCCUGCUCGAGCUCCGCAAGCAGGCGUGGGAGCACAUCAAGGCGGCGCAGGAGCGCGCCGAGGCGAAGAAGAGGCUCGAGGCGGACGUGGCCGCGGCGGCGGCGGAGAUCGCGGAGGCCGUUGAGGAGGCGAGAGAGGGUGCAGAGCCCGUCGAGGACGCGGAGGAGGCGACUGAGGCGUCGGCAGAGGCUGUGCCGGCCGUUGAGGACGCGGCGGAGGCGGUCGGGGCGACUGAAGCGUCGGCAGAGGGUAUGCUGGCCGUUGAGGAGGCGGCGGAGGAGGUUGCGGAGGCGGUUGAUGCCGCGGUGCCGGAUGACGAGGAGAGAGCUGCGGAGGCGGAGGGGGUGUUGGCUGACGUGGGUGCGGGGGCGGGCGACUGGGACGCGUCGGGGCGCGAGGCGGACAUGGAGUGGGCGGACGUCGGCGACGGCGACAUCACGGAUUCGGACACGUCUGGCGCCGAGGAGGCGGCCCGCGUGCGCGACAUACGGUUGGGGUCGCUGGAGCGCCGCGCCGACGUGGCGGCGAAGGCGGCGGCCGCGCAGGCCGAGGUGGCGCGGGCGGCGGCGCUCGGCGCCGCGUCACAGGCCGCUGAGCCCACACCUGCGCUCGCGACCGCGCCGGUGCUUGCCGCGGACUGGCAGCUCCGCCGCGACGCGGUGCGGCGGCGCAGCGGCGGCGCGACGCGCGCCCCGGCGGACGCGGUGUGGCGGCGUGCCGCCAUCGCCGCGCAGCAGCGCGGCGCUCGUCGGAUUUUGCCGGGGUGGGUCGAAAUUGAGGAGCCUGCCGUGUUCCGCGUGGCAGGGCCGCCCGUGCAGAAGCCGGUGAGCGCGGAACCGACCGCUUCGAUCGUGCAGCGCCUGUUCCCGGACGCCGCGAAGCCGCAGGCGCGCAAGCCGCCUCCGGCUUCGGCCAGGCCGCCUGCGCCGGCCCGCGCUCAGGCUGCUGCACCGCCACCGCCGCCGCCGCCGCCGCCGCCCGUCGCCGACCCGUGGCAGGCGCCGAGGGAGGAGGCCGUGCCUGGGCAGGAGAAGGAGAAGGAGGAGGAGGCGCCCGCGCCGCCGCCGGUGCCGAGCGACUGGCGGGGGGUGUCUGCGGAGUCGUGGGGGUCUAUGGACGGCGACGACGUGGCGACGGACUGGGACGGCGUUGAGGCGGGCGCGGGCCAGGCGCCGAAGCGCGUGUGGAGCGGCUGGAGCUCGCUGUGGGGGGGUCGGAAGGAAGACCCCCCCCAAGAGCAACCGCGUCAGGACUCCAAGCUCGCGUCCACGCCGGCGCGCCCGCGGGCCAGCGGUGCCGCUGCGCCCCCGAAGCCGCAGCAGCCGUACUAUACGGCGCCGCAGGCCACGAACGGGACGCGGCCGCCGCCGCCGCCGCGCGCGCCAACCAACAACUCCAGCACCGCGCCGCAGCGGGAACGGCCGCAGGCGCCGCCUCGCGCCGGCGGCGGCUCGCAGCCGCGCACGGACGCACAGACGCGGCGCGCCGCGGGGCGGACGCCUGACCGCGGCGGGGGGGGUGUCAUCGAGUCAGGCCUGCGCAUCAGCGACGAGGUUCUCGACGCCGUGGGCAGCGAGGUCGAGCGCAGCAACAGCCGCGUCCUCGGCGGCAUCUGGCAGGUCGCGCGGUCCAUGUUCGACAGCCUCCGCGCCCCGGACGCCCCCCCGGAGUCCCCCGACGAGCGCCCCUCCGGUCAGCGCAUCCGGUCGACCCGCAGCGCGCGCCGCCGGCCGGAGCGCGCGAAAGACGCCCCGCUGCCUAUCGCGCUGCAGGGCGCCGCCGGCAGCCUCGACGAGAGCACGCAGCAGCUCGUGAACGAGGUGCUGCGCGGGGCGUUUGCCGGAAUGGGUUUCGACCCUGCGCCGCCGGGCGAGGGGCGGCAGGACGCGGGCGGCCGCGACAAGUUGUCGCGGCAGGAGCGCAUCGACCGCUACGAGGAGGCGGCGGACCGCCUCGAGGACGUCGUCGCGGACAAGGAGGGCGAGCUGCGGCGCAUUCGCGCGGCGCUGAACGACGCAGUGGCGGAGGCGCAGGCGGACCGCGAGCAGGCCGCGGUGGCGCGGCGGGCGGUCGCGGCGGCGCGGGAGAUCGCGGCGGUGCUGCAGGCGGAGAUCGAGGGGCUGGAGCUCGAGGUGGUGGCGCUGCGGGAGCGAGUGAGGGAGUUGGAGGGGUUUGAGAGCGGGGGGGAGUGA